AUGUUUCAAACAGAUAUUCUUAUUGAUACAUCUGUAUUGCCAUCAAAUAUAAUGUCAUUACGUGAUGAUAAUUUUAUUGAUUUUGUUAAGGAAGAGGCUGGUCAUGCUGCUGCUGUUCUACUCGAAUUACAAGUCUCGAUGUAUUUAAAAAAUAAAUAUGGUUAUAUGCAAGAUGAUGGUACAUGUAUUAUACAACCUGGUGUUAAAGGAAAUAUAGAAUAUCUCAUUAGUUUGUUGAAGAAAAAAUGUGUUGAUGAUGCAAGAUUAGUUAAAUCUUCGAAACGCAAUCAAUUAUCAUCAUCGUUAACUAUAACUACAGAUACAUCAUCAACAAUAAGAAAACCUACGUCAUCUGUUGUAUCCGAUAGCUCACGAGAAACUAUACCAUCAAAAUCUUCUAAUUUAUCAGUUGCUGAACAUAAAUCAUAUAUAAUUGAUACAUUAAAUAACUGGUGCAAGAACAACAAAUCAAAAGAUAAUAAUGAACGAUUUUCUUUAGUUGAAGGCAAGGAUUAUUUUAUUUCAUUACAAAAUGAUUCAAGUGGUACAUUAAAAUGUAAUAUAAAGUGCUGCUGUGAAAAAUGGACAACAUUAGUAUUUAGACGUGGAAAAUUUCAACUGUCAAAUUUCUAUCGUCAUUUACAAGGUUUAACUAAUGAAUGUCCUGCAUUAAAAAAAAAUAUUAAUAAUCCUACAGUAUCAUCACCAUCAUCAACAAAUAAUCAGCAACCAUUGACCACAUCAGCUAAUGUACUUCAACAAAUUGCAUCACCAAAUUCGAUACCUAUUAUACCAUCAUCAGAUACAAUACAAUCGAAUUCAACUUCAGUCACAGCAUCUUCUAUCUCCAAAUCAACAGAAGAUGAUGAAACUUGUGAUGAAAACAUUAUCGAACAACCAUCAUCAUUAAAAACUAAAAGACAAAUGAAAAGAAAAGUUCAAACAAUAGAAUCUUCACAUAACACAAGAGAAUCAGCAAAAAGAACAAGAAGAAGAUAA